AUGGCGGUGGAUAGACAAACUGCUUUCUUAAUUAUAAUAAUGAUUAUAUUCAUUCUAGUACCCACUGGUAAUGAUCAGCCACAUUCGUCCAUGGAACGACAGACCCUAACUACUUAUCAAAACCAGUUACGAACAUCAAGGGAGAUAAUGUUCAAUUCUACUUAUAAAGGUGGUUAUGGUAAUAUUACAGGGUUUCAAUUAUCAUAUGAUGAUCACGUUCUGGGGAAAAAGACGAAGGAUUGGCCCAUUCACAAAUUCACCGAUAAAUUAAAGUGGGAAGAAAUUGAGAAAUAUUCGGUAUUACCUAAUGAUGUAAGCGAACGAGUCCGAUCGUUCUGGGGGAAGGAUAGAGUAGAGGAUACUGCAGGCAGUUAUAUGUUAAAUAUUUCGGGUAGAGCAGAAGGCGAGUUUAAAAAUGUGAAAAUUUCAAAUGUUAAACCGGUCAAUUUAGUUAUUCCGCAGUAUUUGAAGGAUUAUUAUAGCUCCUACAAUAGAGAUAUCCCCACAGAUAAUGGAAAUAAUGAUGAUACCAUACCUGAUAGAGACCAAAGUGACUAUUUUGAAAGACCUGUUGACAGAGUAGGUAACAUCACAACUGGCAAUGGAAUUAUAAAGAUGCAUAUUUCCGGAUUUGAUUACAAUUUUAAAAAUCCCGAGUUCUCCAAAUUCAUAUACAAUGAAACAACCGAUAGAAUUGACGAUGCGGUUGUUGCCAAGAUAGACCUUAAUUUGCAAGAUUAUCCUGAAAUUCAAAGUCAUGGACUCCAAUUACGUGGAGUCUAUUUCCAAAAAUUAGGCGCCAUGGUAAGUGCCACUAACAGUGCUAAAUUCUUUGGGGAUUAUGGGCUAAGUCAUUUAACUAUGACUAAAGAAAAUUUUAAGAUUGCCAAUAAGCUAAUGAGCCAAUACAAGAAUAUAACUAAUUUGGAAAGAGAUAUUCUAAUGGAUGAUGUCCAUGGUUCAAUUAUUCGAGCUCAAGAAAAAUGUGAAUUUAUAUCUUUUAUUCAAUUUGAGAAAACCGAAUAUACAUUUGAUGAAUUGAGAAUGAUUGAUGAAGAAUUGCGAAGACCCACAGGAAGACCCAUUCCACGAGAUAUACCACAAAUUUCCGUGAAGGAAUUCCUUCUUUAUUCACCAGAUUGUGGAAUUAUUUUGACAAAUAAACCAAACACCUCAUUUUCUGGUUUGCGUAACGAAGUUUGGAUUUCUCAGUUAAGAGUUGGUUUAGUAGGAUUAUUAGUAUUGGUGUUCUGCCAAUUAAUGUUAUUCUUGAGACAAAUGCAACAAUCCAGAACUCCAGGACAAUUAUCACUCAUUUCCAGCACGUCUUUGUUCCUUUUAGGAUUUGAAGAUUCUACAUUAGCAUUAAUCUUCUUUUUCCUUGCAUCUGUAAGUGAAGAUUUGUUCUUGAUUUUGAUUGCUAUUACUGUUGUUACAUUUAUCAUGUGCGGUAUUUUUGAAGUGAGAUUUAUGGUUUCUGUUUUAACCACACAAGCCAAUGAACAAGGUGCGUCAUGGUGGGAAAUAAUGAGAGGAGGAGUCAAUGGACAAACUCGUUCUGAACCAACUGAAAAUGAUACCGGGCCUAUAUUGCCAAUUGCUAAUCCUCCCCCUGCCCCUGCCACACCUCAAGCCAACCAAGUACCACAAACAAAUGCCGAUUGGCAAUCAAACGGAGCUUCAAGUUCAAUACUUGGAGUAGGUAUUACCUUUAGCAUAAUAUUUAUGUUCAUUAUAUUCAAUUCAUUCACGUGGAGAUUAACAUAUCGGAAGAUCACUGAAUAUAUUGGAUUUAUAUUUAUUAAUUCUUAUUGGUUGCCUCAAUUUUUACGUAACACAUUGAAGAAUCGUCGAAAGGCAUUUAGUUGGGAAUUCGUGUUUGGAAGCAGUGUAAUACGAUUACUACCAAUUUAUUAUGUUUGUUUAUACCAAAACAACCCAUUAAGACAUAGAUUUGAUGGUAAUUUAGUACUUGCUGUUACUGGUUGGGUAUUAUUCCAAAUUAUAUUAUUAAUAUUACAAUAUAAUUUUGGACCUAGAUUUUGGAUCAAUGAAAAAUGGCUACCACAAGCAUAUGAUUAUCAACAAAUUCUUUCACUUAAAGAUUUGGAGACCAAAUUUGCUAGUGAUAUUUUAUCUAGUAUUAAACCCCAAGAUGAAAACAAUGAAGAUGGGAUAAUGGAAUGUAAAUCAGAUUGUCCCGUUUGUAUGAAUGAAGUGACAUUACCUAUCUUGAUAAAACCCGAUAAUAAUGAAGCAAUCAAGAAAAUUGGUCAAAUGAAUAAAAAAUAUAUGAUUACACCCUGUCAUCAUAUUUUCCAUGAUGAAUGUUUAGAGAAUUGGAUGAAGUACAAAUUACGUUGUCCAAUUUGUCGUGAAAGUCUACCACCGAUAUAA